GCCGGCUGAAACAAGAAGGCUCCGGCGAGAGGCUCGUCGAUUUCCUAUUGGCUAGGAUGACAGCAGCGGGCCUAAUUAAUUAUUCAUGAGUAGUAUAUUUAUACUACGAUGGAGUUGCAAUGAAACGGGCUUUGCUGGUCACGCCCCCUUGCGAUUUGCAUAUCCGGCGGGCACGCCCCCUCCCGGAGGUGUCCAGGAAGGAGAGGUGGCGGCGGCGGCGGCAGGAGGAGCUGGGUGCGUUGGGGGACGCUGGCUGCGCGGUUUUGGUGCCAAGUGAUUAAAAGAGGAAAAUGCGAAGGUUUUUGAGGUCUGGACAUGACCCAAUAAGAGAGCGCCUCAAACGUGACCUUUUCCAGUUUAACAAGACUGUUGAACAUGGCUUCCCCCACCAACCCAGCGCACUGGGCUACAGCCCUUUACUCCGUCUUAUGGCCAUUGGGACCCGAUCAGGAGCUAUCAAACUCUAUGGUGCUCCAGGGGUGGAAUUCAUGGGCUUGCACGAAGAGACCAACACUGUUAUGCAAAUACAUUUCAUUCCUGCCCAGUGCCAGUUAGUGACCCUGCUGGAUGACAACAGUCUGCAUUUAUGGAACCUGAAACACACCCACAGCAAUGCAUCUGAGCUGACAGAGGAAAGCCACUUCACACUCCGAGGGCCACCUGGUUCCCCUCCAAGUGCUACCCAGGUAACAGCAAUCCUCGCACAUUCCUCACAGGGACUUCUGUAUCUUGGCACUGAGAGCGGUAGUGUCUUUGUGGUGGAGCUCCCAUCCUUCAGGGUACUAGAAGACCGGACCAUCAGUCCAGAGAUUGUGCUGCAAUGGGUUCCAGAGGAAUAUCUCAAUAGGAGGUCACUCGAAUUGGUGGAAGCCUUACGGGAACAUCCUCAAAAUCCUAAUCAGAUCUUGAUUGGAUACAGCAGGGGCCUCAUUGUCCUCUGGGACUUGAUAAACAACAAAGCAACACACCAGUUCCUUGGCAAUCAGCAACUGGAAAACCUCUUCUGGCAGCGGAACGGCCAUAAAAUCAUCAGCUGCCAUUAUGACGGGAGUUACGCCCAGUGGCCAGUUUCAAGUGAUGAUAAGCAGCCUGAGCCCCUGGAAAACAAAGUGCCUUAUGGUCCUUUCCCUUGCAAGGCCAUCGCCAAGAUUUACUGGCAAAUAGCAAAGAACGGGCUUCCUUACAUUAUAUUUCAAGGAGGAAUGCCACGGGCAAGCUACGGUGACCGACAUAGCAUUUCUGUUGUUCAUGGUGAUCGGCAAAUUGCCUUUGACUUUACAUCACGGGUGAUAGACUUCUUUGUCAUUGCCAAUACAGAUCCAUUUGCAGAGUUUGAUGACCCAUCCGCAAUGGUAGUGUUGGCAGAGGAAGAGCUGGUGGUAAUAGAUCUGAAGUCUCCAGGCUGGCCAUCUGUCCAACCGCCGUACCUUGCAUCUCUUCACUGUUCAGCCAUCACUUGUUCCCACCAUGUCUCCAAUAUCCCUCUGAAGUUGUGGGAAAGGAUCAUCAGUGCAGGAAGCAAACAGAACUCUCAAUUCUCAAAUAUGCCGUGGCCAAUUAAUGGUGGUACCAGCAAAGCUCCAGAUCCUCCCCAGAGGGACUUGCUGCUUACAGGGCACGAGGAUGGCACAGUGAGGUUCUGGAAUGCUUCUGGUGUUUGUCUGAGCCUCCUGUAUAAGCUGAGCACCGUCAGGGUGUUUCUCACAGAUGCUGAUCCCAAUGACAACUUGAACCAGACAGGGGAGGACGAGUGGCCUCCAUUGCGCAAGGUUGGCUCCUUUGACCCUUAUAGUGAUGACCCCAGGCUUGGGAUCCAGAAGAUCUUCCUGUGCAAAUAUAGCGGCUACUUGGCUGUAGCAGGAACAGCAGGGCAGGUACUCAUAAUGGAACUGAAUGACGAAGAGGCAGAGCAAGUGGUUGAUCAUGCAGAAGCAGACCUCCUCCAAGAUCAGGAAGGCUAUCGGUGGAAGGGCCAUGAACGGCUGAAAACCAGAGAUGGGCCUGUUCGGUUUGAGCCUGGCUUUCAGCCAUUUGUCUUGGUCCAGUGUCAGCCACCAGCUGUAGUUACAUCACUGGCCCUUCACUCUGAAUGGAAACUUGUGGCCUUUGGUACAAGCCAUGGCUUUGGGCUCUUUGAUCAUCAGCAGAAGCGGCUGGUCUUUGUCAAAUGUACCCUGCAUCCCAGUGACCAGCUGGCCUUGGAGGGCCCCCUUUCGAGAGUGAAAUCCUUAAAGAAGUCCCUCCGUCAGUCCUUCCGACGGAUGAGAAGGAGCAGAGUAUCCAACAGGAAGCGGAGAACUGCUGAGGCACAAGAAGGAACACCCAGAUAUGAUCAUGAUGCAUUACAAGAGAUAGAACUAGCUCCAGUCCAGCGCAAGAUCGAAGCACGGUCUGCAGAGGACUCCUUCACUGGCUUUGUGCGCACCUUAUACUUUGCUGACACCUUCUUAAGAGACAGUACUCGGCACUGUCCCUCGUUGUGGGCAGGCACCAAUGGGGGCACUGUUUAUGCCUUCUCUCUGCGUGUUCCUCCAGCCGAGAGAAGAAUGGAUGAACCUGUCAGGGCAGAGCAGGCCAAAGAAAUCCAGCUUAUGCACAGAGCACCUGUCAUCGGGAUUCUUGUUCUAGAUGGCCAGAGCACUCCUCUCCCAGAGCCACUGGAAGUAGCACAUGACCUUUCCAAGAGCCCCAAUAUGCAAGCAAGCCACCAGCUUCUUGUGGUGUCUGAAGAACAGUUUAAGAUAUUCACGUUGCCCAAGGUCAGUUCCAAACUGAAGCUCAAACUGACAGCUCUGGAGGGCUGUCGGGUGCGGAAGGUGGCAGUCGCUAAUUUCAGCAGCUGCAAGACGGAGCACACUGAGAACGAUCUGGCUGUUCUUACCAACCUGGGAGACAUCCAUAUCGUCUCCCUCCCUUUACUCAAGAUGCAAGUGCGGUAUCCCUGUAUCCGCAAGGAGGAUGUGAGUGGCAUCGCGUCCUGUGUGUUCACCAGAUAUGGGCAAGGUUUCUAUCUCAUCUCCCCAUCUGAGUUUGAGAGGUUUUCCCUUUCCUCAAAGUGGCUGGUUGAACCGCGUUGUUUGGUAAAAGAGCCUGAAUACACAAGCAACAGCUGUGUGCACGGCACAUCCGGCGUGGAGAAGACUCCAGGGAAAUCAAAGGAAUUGGAACGGCAUUCUGGUGAUCCAGGUGGAGAUGACAGGACACCAGGGAGGCUGAUGGAACAUGCCCUGCUCAAUGAUGAGAAAGUUCUGAAGGAAAUCCAGAGCACUCUGGAGGGAGGACGACUGAGUUACGGUGACAGAAAUUCAAAGAGAAUCCAAGUAGGACACAGACUAAGUAAUGGAGGAGCAGAAUGACUGUGCUUGGGCAGUGUCACCAUGUCGUCUAGAGUUUGGAAAGAGUGCCAUAACACUACUGACUAUAGGUCGACCAUCCUUGGGAGAGGCAUCCACUGAUCAUGGCCUCAGAUUAAAUUGCCGGGCUGAGUCUUGCUUUUCCACUCACCUCCUUGUCCUCCGCUGUGCCUCACCUGGAAGUUCUCUUCCCCUCUUGAGUCCUCUGCCUGCACAGAGGCUGGAACAGUUUGCUUGGCCUGUUUUCCCUCCACACCUCUGCAUACAUUUUUGCAGUUCUUCAGAUGUUUGCACAAUUUCUUUCCUUUAAAAAAAAAAAUUUCUGCUGGGAUGGGUUUUAAAUUAUAAAUAUUGCUGCCUUGGGUGCAGAGUUUUUAAUCCUGUUACCUCUAACUGAUUUUUUUUUGUACAUCUUUUUUUAAAAAAAAAUCAAAAUGGGUGUUUGUUUAAUAGAGACUUAUUUUAGAAGUGGUUGGUUUUUUUUACAAUCUUGAAUGAAAUAAUAUAUGUCACUUUAGAUCCCUGUGGCUGCUGUAAACUUUUUUUAAAAUGUGGAAAUUGCAAGGGUUUUGUCGAAGAACUGUUAAGUGGUUUGGCAGAUUCGGGUAGAAUCUAUUUUUGUAGCUGUUCAAAUCAGAAAGCUAAUCAGACUCAUUUUGAUUUGUGUCUGGACACUACAUUAUCUGUCUUGAAAUAAACCAGUACCUUUUUACAUGC